AUGGAAGUAGAGAACCAGACACAAGUUACACACUUCAUUCUGGUAGGGUUCCCUGGGAGUCCAGGCAUGCGUGCAUCAGUGUUCCUAAUGUUUCUGGUGGCCUAUAUUCUGACAGUUGCUGAAAACGUCAUCAUCAUCCUUUUGGUGCAGCAGAACCAGACCCUGCACAAGCCCAUGUACUUCUUCCUGGCUAACUUGUCCUUCUUGGAGACCUGGUACAUCUCUGUGACUGUGCCCAAGUUGCUGUUAAGCUUUUGGUCCACGAGUAAUAGCAUUUCCUUCACUCACUGUAUGAUACAACUUUAUUUCUUCAUUGCUCUCAUGUGCACUGAAUGUGUACUCUUGGCUGCCAUGGCCUAUGACCGCUAUGUGGCCAUCUGCCGACCACUCCACUACCCCACCAUUAUGAGCCAUGGUCUUUGCUUCCGCCUAGCUUUCGGUUCCUGGGCCAUUGGCUUUGGCAUCUCCUUGGCUAAGAUCUACUUCAUCUCCCGCCUCAGUUUCUGUGGCCCCAAUGUUAUAAAUCACUUCUUCUGUGACAUCUCUCCAGUACUCAACCUCUCCUGCACAGACAUGUCCCUAGCUGAGUUGGUGGACUUUAUACUGGCAUUGGUCAUCUUUUUGUUCCCCCUUUCCAUCACUACCCUGUCCUACGGAUGCAUUCUGGCCACUGUUGUACGUAUGCCCACCGGAAAGCAGAAAGCCUUCUCAACAUGUGCAUCCCAUCUUGUGGUCGUCACCAUCUUCUAUUCAGCCACUAUUUUCAUGUAUGCCCGUCCACGAGCCAUUCAUGCCUUUAACAUGAACAAAGUAAUUUCCAUUUUCUAUGCCAUUGUCACUCCUGCUCUUAACCCUUUCAUCUAUUGUCUGAGGAACCGAGAAGUCAAAGAGGCUCUGAAAAAACUGAUCAACUGUGGGGCCAUCACAUCUAUUUAA